AGUUGGAACGCGAAGUAGACAAGGCCUUCUGUGAGAUGCCCGUAAUUAUUGAGAUGUUCAAACCCUUUAGUGAAGCUUACAUGAGGAGAAUAAAUGAAGAGAGUUUAGAUUUAGAGAUAGGUGUAAUUGAUGAGGGUAUUGAAGAUCAAGAGACGAAGGAAGAGUUAAUGAAGAUUGAUGAAGAUUUGAUGGCCACAUUCAUUAGAAAAUGGCAAGAACUGUUCGAGAAAUUAUCUGAGGGAACUACUGAGAAGUCCAAAGACAUUUGUUUAAAGGUGUGAUGAUCUUUCUCCCGUUUUUCUUAUCCUCAGCUUUUCUUUAUGCACGAGUAAUUCUAUAUAUAAAAAAUGCAGUAGACAAGAUUGGACAAUAAAUUCUUACUUUCCUU